AUGCAACGAAUAGCAAGAGUUGGACCAAGAAAUAUUCAAUUUAUAGAUAAUAUUCAAAUAAAAGAAAUUCCAACAAAUGAUUAUGAAGUCGAUGAAUCAACUAGACGAUUAUCAUGGGAUCCAAAUUUAAAUAAUAAAGAUGUAUUCAAAACGACAGAAACACAACAACGAAAUAUUAUUAUUGGAUUUGUUGUCGGUGGUCUUGUGCUUGCUUCUAUUAUUAUUGGAACUGUUGUAGGAGUGACAUUGAGUCAAAAAACAACAGUUACAGCUGAUGAAUCUCUUACAUACAAUGAAGUAUGUAAAACAGGUUCAAAUCAAUGUAAAUCUUCACAAGGUCUUUAUUGUCCAAAUGGAUUUUGUUCUUGUACAUCACUUUAUUCAUGGAAUACAGCAACUAGCACUUGCACAUUAUUGGCAUAUAAUCGUGCCUGUUUGGCAUCAAAUCAAUGUAAUUCAUCAUUAGGACUCAUUUGUACAAAUCAAAUUUGUCAAUGUGAUAGUUAUCAUUCAUGGAGUUCAUCAAAUAAUACAUGUGUAAUUAUUGUAAAUAAUACUUUAACUUAUGGUAAUACAUGUGCUGUUGGAUCGAGUCAAUGUAAUUCAUCAGUUGAACUUACUUGUACUAGUAAUUGUACAUGUAAGAAUUCUAAAAUAUGGAAUAUAUCAAGUUGUAUUUGUCCAGCUGGAACUUUUUUAAAUUCAUCAAAUCUUUGUCAAACAGCAUAUAAAAAUAAUAAAUCAUGUUUAAUUGGUUCAAAUCAAUGUGAUUCAACAAGAGGUCUUUCUUGUUCUAAUAAUAGUCAAUGUCAAUGUGAUUCAACAAAAUAUUGGAAUUUAAAUUUUGAAACAUGCCUACAACGUGUUAAUUAUUCAGAUUUUUGUUCAUCAGAUAGUGAUUGUAUACCAACAUUAAUAUGUCCAACAGUAGCAGGUGUUUGUAAUUGUUCUCGAUAUUUACCAGAUUAUGUAUGCAAUUGUCCAAAUACAAAAUAUUACGAUUUAAAUAUACAACAAUGUGUUAGUCGAGCUACAUAUAAUGGUGCAUGCAUAGUAUCAGCGAAUUAUACAUGUCUUUUAACACUUUAUUGCAAUGCGGGACUAUGUGCUUGUCCGACGGGUACGAGUUGGAUUGCGGCAAAUUCAACUUGUGAAUAG